CAGACUUGAGAGACACCAGUGACUAAAGUCAGGAAGAGACAUGCCAUUGAAUAACUGGAUACUGUGGACAGAGACCAGGAACCUGAAACUCAAAUGGAAAAUCACAACGGUUGGUGCUUCGAAUUGCAAAUGAGCUGCUUCUCACAAAGACAACUUUUAGAAACGACACGAAUGCAGAGUUUGAAUCCUGAUCCCAAAGCCCAGUACACAAGUAUCUACGGAGCCCUCAAGAAAAUCAUGCGGACUGAAGGCUUCUGGAGGCCUUUGCGUGGCCUCAAUGUGAUGAUCAUGGGUGCGGGGCCGGCCCAUGCCAUGUAUUUUGCCUGCUAUGAAAACAUGAAAAGGACUUUAAGUGACGUUUUCCACCACCAAGGAAACAGCCACCUAGCCAACGGGAUAGCUGGGAGUAUGGCCACCCUGCUCCACGAUGCGGUAAUGAACCCAGCAGAAGUCGUGAAGCAGCGUCUACAAAUGUACAACUCACAGCACCGGUCAGCCCUCAGCUGCAUCCGGACAGUGUGGCGGACCGAGGGGUUGAGGGCGUUCUACCGGAGUUACACCACGCAGCUGACCAUGAACAUUCCCUUCCAGUCCAUCCACUUCAUCACCUACGAGUUCCUGCAGGAGCACGUCAAUCCCCACCGGGGGUACAACCCGCAGUCCCAUAUCAUCUCAGGCGGGCUGGCCGGGGCCCUUGCUGCAGCUGCUACCACCCCACUGGACGUCUGUAAAACCCUGCUCAACACUCAGGAGAACAUGGCGCUCUCCCUGGCUAACGUCAGUGGCCGGCUGUCGGGCAUGGCCAAUGCCUUCCGGACGGUGUAUCAGCUCAAUGGCCUGGCCGGCUACUUCAAAGGCAUACAGGCACGUGUCAUCUACCAGAUGCCCUCCACUGCCAUAUCCUGGUCUGUCUAUGAGUUCUUCAAGUACUUCCUCACCAAGCACCAGCUGGAGAAUCGAGCUCCCUACUAAAGGAACAGGCUGUGGGAAGUGAUUCCAGAAUCUUUUAUUCUUAAGAGGCAUUCUGUGCCUGCUUCCACGUCCUUGCUCUCAUACCUAGAUCAUUUUUUUGCAGGGUGCUACCUAGGGUCCUUUUUCUCCCCUGCUGCCUUAGAGAGAGGAGAGGGCAGGAUGGCCGGUCAGCAGGAGGCCGUCCCCAGGGACAUCUGAGGUGGUGGUAGUGGGAAGGACUUGGGAAGGGGAGUGAGAAAUGGCUUUUUCUCUUCCUCUUCAAGUAGGAAUGUAGCUUUUCCGCUUCACUAUGGCAGUCUCUUCCCUAGAUCCUUAGAUCACCCAGGAGGGAAGAAAAUAAUGCAGUGAGUGAAAACGUGAAGGAAAGAAAAAAUUUUUAUGUAUAUAAAAGUUCCAUUACGCAAUAUAAAAUAGAUGGAUAAUGUUUAUCCUUUAUUUUUCUACGUAGAAGUUUUUGAAUGUGUGUGUGUGCUUGUGUGUGUCUACACAUAGUAUUACAGCUGGGACUCUCAAGCUGUUCUUUAAAAAAAAUGAGGGGUUGAAUUUUUCCAUCAGGUUCACUCAAAAGGCACCAAAGUACUAGAUCACUGAAUGUGACCCCAUAACUGUGUUCAGCACCCCUGCCACCGCCCCCAUGGAAGUUUCACUUGAAUGUAAAAUAAUAAAUAUUAACUUUGUA